AUGUCUUCGAAUCGAACAAACGUGACUAAACGCGCUUGUGAUGGGUGCAAGAUCCGGAAGAUUCGUUGCGGUGGAGGCUAUCCAUGCAAGGCCUGUACAAAUGCGCGCAUCAAGUGCACCUACAUUCGAGUUCAACAACCUCGAGGUCCGCAGAAAUUGCGCUCGACGACGAAAUAUUUGAUCGAGCAAGCGCAGAGGGAAGACGUCUGUGAAUCACCGCGCCAGUCCAUAGAGCCCACAUUGGCGCAUUCAGUUGAACAAACAACAAACAGGUCUCGGAUUCCUCUAAAUGUCCUGACCACUCCCCUCUACAUAUAUCACGUGCGCAUGUAUCCGGUAUGGCCUAUCGUCAAUGUCGAGCGUCUGGUAUCUAUAUUGCAGCAAGAUACCGAAACUGCGGAUCCCGAAAUAUACGCCCUGGCUACAGCUGUCGCAGCUGCAACAGUCGCGCAAUUGAGACUAGGUCAAGGCUCUCUUUCCGACGAAUCGAUGACCGCGGAUACUUUUGCAGCGGAAUGUCUUCGAGUUCGCGGCACGAGCCAGUACAAGUCCAGAAUUAACUUGAAUAACGUGCGAACAUCGUUCUUUUUGCACGUAUACUACGAAAACCAGCAGUCGGGAGGAAGCGAGUCGUUACUAUACUUGAGGGAAGCCAUUUCGCUCGCUCAAAUGAUGAAUUUGCAUCGCGAAUCGUCGUAUGUGAACUUUUUGUUGGAAGAGCAGCAAAUCAGACGUCGCGUAUUGUGGCUCUUGUUUGUUACAGAGAGGGGCGUCUGUAUCCUGCAUAAACUCCCGGUCGUUUUACGAACCAAUGUUGUACUUCCUUCAGCAGACGAGGGCAACGAACCCCAUGUCCUACCUGCGUUUCUCAAGCUACUCAAUCUUUUUCGGCUUUUUGAACGAUCGAAAAUGUUCGAUAUAAUAGAAGGCGAAGAUCUAGAGACAGAAUCAGUCGGUGAUAGGCUAGGCUUCGACAACCGAUUUCUAGAGACAUUGCAGGAUAAGCUGGAGGAUGGGUCGGUGGUUUUCGACCAUAUAUCGGACGUACAAAAGGCAGACUUAUGCGUCACCCGACACUGGAUGCGGAUGAUUUUAUGGAAACUCUCAACCAAGAAGAGUAUCUCAUACAACCAGUCACCGCAAACGCCCACAUCACCAUCAUUCCCGGUAGCAGUUGCUAAGGAGCUGUUGAACAUUGUUUCGCAGCUACCCAGACCAGCCAUUGAGGCCCACGGCCUUGGAAUGGAACUGAAACUGUACGAGAUUGCGAAUUCGCUCGCCGAUUCCAUCAUGAAGCUGGCGAUGCUCCCUCGGGCUUCUGAGUUAGAAUUCGAAAGCCGGCCAAAUAAUAUUCUGUAUCGGCUGCAUUCCAUAUUAUCGACAUUCCGAGGAGGGGGAAACAAAACAUUAGUUGACAUGCUCUAUAAAAAGAUGGCGGAAGCAGAUUCUAGAAGCUCGCCGGCAUUAUCGGUCAUGCAGCCAUCACAUGCAGGAUACCAGAAGAGUAGACAAUUGAGGGCCGAUCAGCACAGCCAAUAUGCUGCCACGCUAGCGAAUGGACCUAGUCCUGACCAGGAUGCUACUGUGACAGGACAACCUCCAGGACAGAGGACCCGCACUGUUGGAGACAGUCUAAACCCUCAAGGGGAGCUAUGCACCAAGCCAAUGGAAAUAAAUGGCAACGACGAUCACCGGCAGGCCACAGUCGAAGGGACCCCAGAAAUGCCAUUUGGCCCACUUUUCCCAACCUACAUCGACCAGGAUUCCUACACAGUGCCGACGUCCUCCAUGCAUGCAGCAGCGGCAACGGCUCUCCCCGCAUUAGCCCCAUCAUGGCCGUCCCACGAUUCGGUUGAGCUAAUGCUUGACGACUUCCUGGCGCACGUUCCCGGGGAUCCAUUUUUGGAGGAUGGCUUAUUUGAGGGGCCAUUUAUGGGAUCUGAUUUGCCGGAGCAAGUCUUUGCAGGUCGGGAUUUUGUAGGGAUUAGCCCAAACUAG